AAUCUAUCUGCUAAAUGGUUACAUCAGCUGUGAAUGUGACCACUAGUGCCAACCUAUCCUGUCUACCGACUGCUCUGUGUUGGACAUCUCUGUCCAGUCCAAUCCAUUCCAGUCCAAUCCUCUUCUGUCCAGUCGCAUCUGUCCAGCUCCGUCCACUUCUAUACAGUUCAGCUGAAUCAGUCCUUGAUUACCAACGAGGAAGAAAAUAUGACAUUUGUGUUGUAUAUCGCUUCCAUUUGCUUCUGGCUGUUGGCGCUUUUUUGUGGAGCUGAAAGGAAAAUCUCUCUUCAAGAAUGUCAAAGAACCCACCGAGCUCAUCCAGGGUCAAGAACAAAAUUCCAAAUGCUUGAUGGAAAGUUUUGGAUCGAAGUUGAUUGUGGAUUUUUAGUGUGGAACCAGAAGAUGUGUCAGUGCACUUAUAACAAAAUGGAUCAGAAAAAUAAGUGCAGUGAUUUUGUGAAAGGAGAGGCCCCUGGGUUAUACAAACGCUGGAAUGGACUGGUUUGGGAAUCGAAAGAUUGCAACCAAUUUAUUGGGAAGAAAACCAUGAUUUGGAAUGAAGAGAAGUGUAUCUGCGACUGGGGCCCAGAUGGACGUAAAACGAUUGUACAUCCAAAAGAAAAAAUUCCUGCCAAGAACUGCGUCGUCAUGCUCAACAUCACUUUCGAUGCUGGAUUUUUCGACAAUGCCCACCAGUCUUGGAUUGAAAGGCGAAAUAUUCCGAACAGCGAAUUAGUCCAAGAUCCUGCAACAGUUGGAUCCGGUCAAGCAGCAUGCUUUGACGAAUCUCCAAUGCUGUCAGCAUAUUUCAUUGAGAAUUCUUUAACAAAUAACUUUAAUAUUGCCUUCAGUUUCAAAAUUUGCCAAAAAAUGGUGGCAGACGACCGUCUACAGAGCCUUUUCCACAACAGCUGCUAUAUUGAAGGCGACGGUGUGAUUUCUCCUACUAUUUCUUUGAGUUUCCAACCAAAAACUGGUUUAUUCAUCAUUGACAUAGAUACCGAACACAGCGUUAUUCCAAUCACGGACUCUUGUGUUGCACGCAUUGAUGAUUCUGUUUGGAAUACGGUAGAGAUGACUUACCAGAAUGAUAUCCUCAUCCUCUCAGUUAAUCACCAGAUUUGUCUUAAAUCGACAUUUUUCAAAGGUAACGUGAAGCGUUUCCACUGUCCGCUGAUUCUACCAGGUGAAGAUUUCUGCGGCUGCCUGGACGAAGUAAUUAUCCGUCGUGGAUGUCUGUAGAAAUAAGGAACCAAAAUACGGUGUUUUUCGCAAAUCAAGACAGACAUGGUCUCGAAGUUUAAAACCUCACCUGAAGAUAAAUUAGAAACAAAUGAAGCAAUUAAUUUAUAAACCAUUCACAAUCUGCAAUAAUAACUAUCAUGAAUGCAAUAUCGGUUUGAAGAAAGCUAAUGACAAGACUUCGUGGAAUUUAUUCUCUGAUCGCUAGAAAUGUUGCAGUGUUUAUUUUUCACUGCGUAUAUCAAGAAAUACUAGAAAGAAAGAAAAAGAAAAACGAAAAAAGGAAAGAAAAAAAUUCAGUGAAAUAUAAAAUUUUAAAUAUGAAAUAUGAAGUAUUUCAUAAAAAUGCAAUAUAAAAAAAUUAAAUAUUGAUAAUCUUUUCUUUAUUAGCUUGAAUAUGAAUUUGCAGUGUCUUACAAAUACGUGUAACAUAAAGACUCGUAAAACAGAUUCGAGGUGGUGGUGGUGGUGGAGUGGUGAAAGGUGUUAUACCAAAUAUAAUGGGACUAGUUAAAAUUUUAUAAGAAAACAUUUAAAUAA